AAAAACAAAACAAAACAAACAAAUCCAAAAAAAACCGAAACUGAAAAACUGAGUGAAUGCUCAAGAGCUCGAGUGGAAGACAGGAAGAAAGCAGUGGAGAAAGAGUGGAGAGUUCUCCUGAUUAUAAAGCCAUGAGCUCCUUCUGGUGGGGGCUGCUGCUUGGUUGCCUGGGCUGUGGAGCCCUGCCCGGAGCCCGGGGGCAGUUUCCCCGGGUCUGCAUGACAGUGCACAACCUGGUGUCUAAGGAGUGCUGUCCGCCCCUGGGCGUGGAGCCGGCCAACGUCUGCGGCUCUCAAGAGGGCCGUGGCCAGUGCACGGAGGUGCAAGCCGACACCAGGCCCUGGAGUGGUCCUUACUUUCUGAGAAACCGGGAUGACCGAGAACGGUGGCCACGGAAGUUCUUCAACCGGACCUGCAUGUGCACAGGGAACUUUGCUGGCUAUAACUGCGGAGACUGCAAAUUUGGCUGGACUGGCCCCAACUGUGAUCAGAAGAAACCAGCGGUCAUUCGGAAGAACAUUCAUUCUUUGACUCCUCAGGAGAGGGAGCAGUUCCUGGGUGCCUUAGACCUCGCGAAGAACACCACCCACCCUGACUACGUGAUCACUACGCAACACUGGCCGGGCCUGCUUGGGCCCAACAGCACCCAGCCGCAGAUCGCCAACUGCAGCAUUUAUGAUUUCUUCGUGUGGCUCCAUUAUUAUUCUGUUAGAGAUACAUUACUAGGACCAGGGCGCCCAUACAAGGCAAUUGAUUUCUCACACCAAGGACCUGCCUUUGUCACCUGGCACCGCUAUCAUUUGUUGUGGCUGGAAAGAGAUCUCCAGCGGCUUAUUGGCAAUGAGUCCUUUGCUUUGCCCUACUGGAACUUUGCCACUGGGAGGAAUGAGUGUGACGUGUGUACAGACCAACUGCUCGGGGCAGCAAGACAAGAUGAUCCGACUCUGAUUAGUCAAAACUCAAGAUUCUCCAGCUGGGAAAUUGUCUGUGAUAGCUUAGAUGACUACAACCGCCGGGUCACUCUGUGUAACGGAACCCAUGAAGGUUUGUUGAGAAGAAAUCAAGUGGGAAGGAACGGUGAGAGAUUGCCAUCCUUAAAAGACAUACAGGAUUGUCUGUCUCUUCAGCAGUUUGACAAUUCUCCUUUCUUUCUGAAUUCCACCUUCAGCUUCAGGAAUGCCCUGGAAGGGUUUGAUAAAGCAGAUGGGACUCUGGACUCUCAAGUGAUGAGCCUUCAUAAUUUGGUUCAUUCCUUCCUGAACGGGACAAGUGCUUUGCCACAUUCUGCCGCCAAUGACCCCGUAUUUGUGGUCCUCCAUUCCUUUACUGAUGCCAUCUUUGAUGAGUGGAUGAAAAGAUUUAAUCCUCCCACAGAUGCUUGGCCGCAGGAGCUGGCACCCAUUGGUCACAAUCGGAUGCAUAACAUGGUUCCUUUCUUCCCUUCGGUGACUAAUGAGGAAUUCUUCUUAACCGCAGACCGACUUGGCUACCGCUAUGCUGUUGAUCUGCCAGUUGAAGAAACUCCAAGUUGGACCAUGAAUCUCUCAGUGGUUAUGGGAAUGCUGAUGGCUUUGGUUGGCCUUUUUGUGCUGUUGGCUUUCCUUCAGUAUAGAAGACUUCCAAAAGAAUAUACACCCUUAAUGGAGACACGUUUAAACAAUAAGAGAUACACAGAGGAAGCCUAGAGUGCUCUUACCUUACCCUGGAGAAGAGUUCAGCUAAGCUAUAGUUGAGACCCUGACAACAAACUAAUCCUCUCUGUUCUUUCUUUGCUGAAGAUCUUCAGCUCAGCUCGUAUUGAUUAAGCUCCCUCGUGU